GGCACGGACCCCAGAGCCCCAGCCUUCCGGCGCGCGGGCCCGGCCUUCUUCCCGGGACUCUCCGAGUCGCCUCACAGUCGGAGCCCAGGCAGUUGGGACAGAGAGCCAUGGAACUGUACUUUGGCGAAUACCGACACGUGCAGCAGGAAUACGGUGUCCACCUGCAACUAGCAAGCGAGGAGACCAAGAAAUCGAGGAAUUCCCCGCCCUCCAAGACAGGCUCCUAUGGCGUCAGUAUCAGAGUCCAGGGGAUCGAUGGUCACCCCUACAUAGUCCUCAACAACACCGAGCACUGCCUGGUAGGCAGGUCUUUUUCAGAAAAUGGGCCCUCCUUUCCAUCUUCGAUGAUCGGUGACCUGCCUGGACGCUCCAGCAACGGCUCUGUGCUGAAGGAGAGCAGCGUGGAAGAGCUAUCGUUCCCAGAGAACCCCAGUGUCCAGCCCAGCCCACCCAGAGACCCGAAGCAGUCCUCUCUCCACGAGGGCAGGAACGGUGCCCUAGAAAGAAAAGACAUCCCGGGGAGGUCAUCCCACCUGUUGAACUUUCAGAGGCACCCAGAGCUCUUGCAGCCCUACGACCCUGACAAGAACGAACUGAACUUGCAGCAUCUCCCAGCUCCUGAGAGCGAUUGGUUAAAUGGUUUAACAGGAGAAGGUGCCAACAGCAAGAAGCAGCCUUGGACUUGCUCUCCCAAACCUGGCAACCCCCUGCCCACCAGCCCUCCCCUGGAAUCCAUCCGACUGUGCAGCUCUGUGGUCAUAGAGGACCCCAAGAAGCAGACCUCAGUGUGCGUCAAUGUUCAGAGCUGCACGAAGGAAAGGCUGGCGGAGGAGGCCCUUUCCCCUAGCAGGAGCUCCCUGUCUGCCCUCAGCCCACAGGCCCACGCAGAAAUCAGGAAAACCAGGCCCGAUGUUCUUCCCUUCCGGCGACAAGAUUCAGCGGGCCCCAUCCUGGAUGGAGCUCGGUCACGGAGGUCCUCGUCCUCCUCCACCACGCCUACCUCAGCCACCUCCUUGUACAGGUUUCUGCUCGAUGAUCAGGAAUGUGCCAUCCAUGCGGACAAUGUCAACCGGCAUGAAAACAGGAGGUAUAUCCCCUUCUUGCCUGGAACUGGGCGAGAUAUUGACACGGGCUCAAUUCCUGGUGUGGAUCAGUUAAUUGAAAAAUUCGAUCAAAAGCCUGGGCUUCAGAGAAGAGGAAGGUCUGGGAAGCGAAACAGAAUCAACCCAGAUGACAGGAAGAGGUCCCGGAGCGUGGACAGUGCGUUUCCUUUUGGUCUGCAGGGGAACGUGGAGUACCUGACAGAGUUCAGCAGGAACCUGGGCAAGUCCAGCGAGCGCCUCCUCCGGCCAUCCCAGCUGUGUCCCCAGAGGUCCCUGGCUCAGGAGUCCCGCGGGAAACAGGGCACUGGCCGAGCUGUUGCCAAGCUGCAGGGAGCCACCCAUGGCGCCCAGGGUGCCCCACAGAGCAAAGAAGGGAAGGUCCCAGACCACAGAGGAAGUCAGGAAGGCACCCCGGUGGUUUGUGCACCCUCCCUUCCAGAACAGGCCAGAAAGGAGGAUGAAAUAAAAACAGCCACUGCUACACUGAUGUUGCAGCAUCGGGCGGUGGCAACCUCACCGGAUUCUGGUGCCAAGAAAAUUUCCAUGAAAACAUUUUCUUCCAACUCAAACACUCAGGCCACACCGGAUCUCUUAAAGGGCCAGCAAGAGCUCAACCAACAAGCCAAUGAGGAGACGGCCAAGCAGAUACUUUAUAAUUACCUCAAAGAAGGAAGCUCUGACAAUGAGGAUGCCACUAAGAGGAAAGUCAACUUGGUCUUUGAGAAAAUCCAGACUUUAAAGUCUCGAGCAGCAGGGAGUACCCAAGGGAGUCAUCAAGCUACUAGCUCCUCAUCUGAAGUCAAAGAUCUGCUGGAACAAAAAAAGAAAUUGACCUCAGAAGUGGCUGAACUUCAGCGGCAGCUUCAACUAGAGGUCAAGAACCAGCAGAACAUCCAAGAAGAGAGAGAUCGCCUGAGAGCUGACUUGGAAGAGCUGCAGAGCCAGCUGGACAGGCGGGCGGAGGACAGUGCUGCACUGCAGCAGCGUCUGGAGGACAGCGAGGCUGAGCUUCAGAAGAGCCUGGAGGAGCUCUUCCAGGUGAAGAUGGAGCGGGAACAGCACCAGACCGAGAUCAGGGAUCUGCAGGACCAGCUCUCAGAGAUGCACGAUGAACUGGACAGUGCCAAGCAGGCAGAGGACAGGGAGAAGGCAGCUCUGAUUGAGGAGCUUCUGCAGGCAAAGCGAGACCUUCACGAUCUUCUCAUUGCCAAAGAGGAGCUGGAAGAUCUCUUGAGAAAGCGAGAGCGUGAGCUCACUGCCCUGAAGGGUGCCCUGAAAGAAGAGGUUUCCAGCCACGACCAGGAGAUGGACCGGCUGAAGGAGCAGUACGACACAGAGCUGCAGGCCCUGAGAGAGAGCGUGGAGGAGGCGACCAAGGUGAGUCUGCGGAGGCAGGGACAAGAGGGGGUCAGGACGGGGCCCAGCGUGUGGCUGGGGGACGGAGGCAGGGCUGAGACCACCUCUCCCACACCAGUGCUGGCUAGUUUCUCUCCUUUUAAUUAUGGAGUGAGACUCAGUUUCAUCUGCUCACGGAGCCAGAGCUUGCUAAAAAAGCAUAAGCUUCAUGGUUCUGGCGACUUUGUAAGUGUGUAAGCACAGGCACCGCAG